GAAGGGUUUUCUCACAGAUUUCUCUUUUGUUUAUUACAUGGAGUUUUUUUGGGCUUUUUUCUUGUUCUGUGAGUCUCUCUCUACGUGCGUUAAAUUCUUUCAUGUCUUGGGUUUAUGUGACCGAUUUUCUCUUUCUUGUUAGUUCUAAGGGGGAUGAUUUUUGUGUGAAAUCUUAAAUUAAACAAUACGGGGCUUAAUUUAUUAUACUUCUGUUGCUUGAUUAUGAUGAGUUGUGAAUUUGUGUAUUACAGUUUUGAAACGUUUUAUCCCCUAUCUUGAUGGGCUUGGGAGAAGGUGAUAUGUUAAAUAUCGUGUUGAUGUUCAGAUUUCGUGUUUCCUGGAGAUUUUGAUGCUUCAUGAAUUCUUUAUGUGAAAAUAAGGAUUAUACUUGUAGGUGGUGCAGCUUGUUUUUUGGUUUCAAGAUCAGAGCUAUGGUUUCUUGUUAUCUACCCCUUAUAAUUUCCAUUUGUUGUACUAAAUUUGGAUUUUUGAAGCUUUGCUGUGCCAAAAUAGAAUCUUUAAAAGAGAGAGAUCGGCCGGCAUCGGUGUUAAGGACCAAGCUGAAGUUAUUACGCCAUGCACCAAAGCUGUAAGAAGUCUGAAUCGAACUAAAUGGCCACAGAACAAUAUCUCCCGGAGGCUACAGUACAAAGUGAUUAUAAUGACGAAAAAUCUGCAUUAGAGAAAUGGAAAUCGUUAUCUUCUCCAGAAGACGAGUCUGAAACUAAUAUUUCUGGUGGUUUUGAAUGUAACAUAUGCUUGGACUUAGUGCAAGAUCCAGUGGUUACCUUCUGUGGCCACCUCUAUUGUUGGCCCUGUAUCUACCGGUGGAUCAGUUUACAGAAUGCCUCUUCUGAAAAGCCUGAACAUGAGCAUUCACAAUGUCCUGUCUGCAAAGCAGAGAUCUCACCGAAAACCUUAAUUCCACUCUAUGGCCGUGGAAACAAUAAGAACCCAUAUAAAGACAAAGUUUCACAUCUUGGUAUUCUCAUACCACAAAGGCCUCCGAGUCCUAGAUGUGGCGGUAACAUGCAAAUCCCGACCACUAGCCUCGGGGAAUCACAUCCGGUUCGGCAACUUCAUCAUCAAAACUAUGAACAGUCUCGACCAUAUCAGCCCUACUCUCAGAACUAUGCAGCUUCACCUGUGCUUCCGAAUGGUGUCAUGACAACAAAUUUGAUUGAUCCGAUGAUAGGAAUGUUUGGCGAAAUGGUCUACUCGAGGAUUUUUGGGAAUUCGGAGACGACUUUAUACGCUUAUCCGAAUUCUUAUCGUCUAGAAGGUAGCAGUAGUCCUAGGCUAAGAAGACAUAUGAUCCAAACUGAUAAAUCCCUCAGCAGAGUUUGCUUUUUCCUUUGGUGUUGUGUGACGUUAUGUCUCAUAUUAUUCUGAACAAUUUUCUCCUUUCUUGUGGUCCAUUUUGUACUUGUAAAAAUUCUAUGUGGCACUUGAUCAGUACAACAACUCGGCUUACUUUGAUAAAUGUUGAGAGUUAUUACAUCUUUGGUGCUGAUAUAUGUUUGUAAUGUCAAACAUUUGAUUUCAUCUGCUUUGGGAAUUACUAAGUGGAAUGGAAUCGUGUGUGCUGUUUAAUUAAUAAGAGUACUUUGUUUUGUACA